GGAUCACACCUCACCUCAGCAGAAACGGUCGGGACCAACUCGUCAAAAACACCUUCAUCUCUUUGUUCUUCGUUCUCGCCACGUGCUCACUACUGCGCGUGGACGGUAAACCUACAACUACGUCACAAAAGCCUAUUGUAAAAAUGGAAUCAAUGGUGAGGAGAUAGGAGCAGCCAGUUGCAUCACCAUCGCAUAACAAGAAAAUCUAACGCUCCUCACCACCGCCACGCGCCGCCAUGGGCGCCGCAGAACCCGUAGUGUUGCAGGGAGGGAACGAGAAAUUGGAGAGAGAGAAUGUGGAGUUGAAGGAUUUGGAAAUGGGGGAGGCCAAUGUUGAAAGGGAAUCGGUGCAGACACAUCCCCCAAAUGCGUUUCACAUGUCGAGAAUGCAGAGAUUGAGCGCCACAAACCCUCUCAGACUCGUCAUGGAUAAUGCGACGCGAGUCGCCUCUCCCUCUCCAGCUCGCCCCCCGCCGCGCCCCUCCCCGGCUCAGCCGCCGCCACCGCCGCGCGGCUCAUCUUCGCCCCCUCCUCCUCCUCCUCCCAUGGAGCAGCCGCCGUCGCCGCAAACUCGCUCCAUACCCACCCCACAGCAAUCGGUGGUGACGUUGAAUUCGAGGAAAUACACAAACAAGAUCUCUCUGUUGGUCUUCACAGUGCACAUGGCGGCGGCGGUGGGGCUGGUGGGGUUCUUAAUAUUUAGGGGCGUGAAAGGGCUAUUGGAGGAAGGCAGUGCUCGGCGGAGAGAGAAGCGCGUGUUGAAGUAUUUCCUACCUCAAGUGGAGGCGGCAUCUCUCCUCAGCAUCACGCUCGCAUUCGUGUGGCAGAAGGCCGUCAGAGUGUGGCCUCACAUCAUGGUGCACAUCAUAAUUUGGGGCUCCUUUGCCCUAACUCUCGCCACCGGAAUCCUCUUAAUCUGCUUCCAAACGCCGGCCACCGACGGCGUCGGCGCCCUCUACAUCGCCUUCGCCGUGGGCAACGGACUCUACGCGUGCUGGGUGACGCAGCGGACCAGUUUCUGCUCCAGAAUCUUCGUGAAAUCGCUGGAGCCGGUGUCGAAAUUCUCCGAUCUAAACCAGCCUACGUAUUGGAUGCUCGGAGCUGCAUUCUGCUGGAUGUCGCUGUGGAUUUUCGCGGUGGUUGGGGCCUUGAACUUCUACGUUCCGCCAUUGAUAAUAUUAGCGCUGGUUCUGAGCUUGGCUUGGACUGCUGAGGUGAUGAGGAAUGUGGCUAAUUUGACCGUUAGCAGAGUCAUUGCUCUUUACUAUCUUAGAGGAAUGCAAUCCAGCACUCAGUUCUGCUUCCAGCGAGCCUUGUCCAAUAACCUCGGAAGCGCCUGCCUCGGAUCGCUCUUCGUCCCCACCAUCGAGGCCCUCAGGAUCGUCGCCAGAGGCUUGAAUUUGAUCGAAGGAGAAGACGAAUUCAUGUUCUGCUGCGCGCAUUGCUGCCUCAGAGUCAUGGAGUCCAUCUUCCGCCGUGGGAAUGGCUGGGCUUAUGUGCAGAUCGCAGCUUAUGGGAAAGGAUUCGUCAAAGCGUCUCAGGACACUUGGGAGCUCUUCGUGAAGAGGGAGAUGACGGAGGUCGUGGACUCCGACAUAACGACGGCCAUAUGCUUCCUCACCGGCGUCUGCAGCGGGGCAAUCUGCGCCAUCGUCGUGUCCGCGUGGACGGCCACCCUGCACCGGCCGGGCUACAUCGGAACGCUGGCGGUGCUAGCUACCUUGAUCGGUUACCUAAUGACUAGGAUUGCAAUGGCAUUACCCCAUGCCUGCGUGAGCUGUUACUACGUCUGCUACGCCGAGAAUCCCGAGAACCGGCUGUUCGACCGGACCAUACAGGACCGGAUCGACUUGAUAAAAUCGGGCCGGAUCGACGUCUUAGUCCCGACGCCGAGGGUUCCGCGGAGAUUUCAAAGGUAGCUAGUAGCGGUUUGGGGUUUAGAAUUUAGAUUUUGAUCAACUUAUGUACAUAUAUGUAAGUUAUGAUGGAGUAACAUUUAAUUUGUUGUUGAUUUGUCACGCAAGAUUGAAUAAGGCAAUUUAGAUGUCAAAUUUGUAGCAAUAUUGUGUGUGGAGACAGCGUGUAGGUAGGCGAAGGAGAUUGAAUAAUCUUGAAGAUGAAGUGAGUGCUUUAGAAA